AUGUCUUCAAAGACACUCCACACAGUCUACCCCUUCUUGACCCUCCGCGCUACAAACGAGUACGAGUACCGCGCAACUCAACCCAGCGACCUGCGCCUCUUCCUCGAAGCCGUCCGUGCAGACUCGACUCUCCUGCCGAUGAUCAAGCAAACGCAUCUCCGCGAAGAGUUCGAUAACAUGGCGGACUCCGGCGUCUUGGAGUUCGCCGCCGCCGCGUACGAGACCGAAGAGGAGUAUGAGAACGAGGACGAUGAGGUGCCGAUCGCGAGCACUUCUCACGACCCAUUCGAGGCUGCCGCUGAGAACUUGCGCCUCGUGAAUGACCCGAUUGAUGGCCUACCGACGGAGGACAUGUACCAGAAGUUGCUGGAAGAGCUUUUGGUGGUAUUUUCGGAGAACGAGGUAAUCAGCUGCUCAAUGGGAUGGAAUGUGUCGCAGCAAAGAAAUAUUUAG